UUGUUGUAACAGAACCAGACACAAUUAAAAGAACUAUUGCCGGUCAGGGGUAGAUGCAAUAAGAGCUAGGUGUUGGGUCCUUCCAGACCCUUGGGGCACCCGUCAGCCUCCUUGGCUGCCCGUUGUGAAGGGACCCUGUCCUAGCAGUUGAAGACUCGGGUGUUUAAUAGGGCUCACAGACCACUCAUUGCUCUGGCCACCGGCUGAUACGCCCCUUGUUCCCUUCUCUGGCACUUUGGCCUUCCCCUUAUUGUUCUUGUCCGUCCUUCCUUCCCUGCCCAUGACCACAACAGAGGGGCUGUCUGGUGACACCCCUGCCCAUCCUUCCCCACCCCUCCCCAUAUCUAAAAACAACAACUCUUCUGAGGCUGCCAGGCCCCCUGUCAUUACGGAGGAGAUGGCAGACAUGGACGGAGACCUCGGGUCCUCGAUUGUUCCUGCCACGGCAUCUCCAGUCACCAUUAAGGAGGCCCCCCUGAUGCAGAGGCAGCCUCUGACCUUGGGCCUGAUCCUUCCUCCUGCGCAGUCUUAGGAGUGUCCAGCUGGCAUCGUAAGUGAUCUGCAGUAAGAGGAACUGAGCCGUUGCCGAAGGCUGCCAUGACUGAUAAAAAGGAAAUUGAACACCUGAAGGCCAUCGCUGAGACAGGAAACAUCACAGAAGCUGCUGCUAAACUGCAGGAGAAGCUGGAGUCAUUGGAUGACACCCCACUAGACAUCGCCAUCACGGGAGAGUCGGGGUCAGGGAAGUCAUCCUUUGUCAAUGCCAUCCUGGGCCUGCGUGAUGAUGAUGAAGGUGCUGCAGCGACGGGGGUGACAGAAACAACGAUCGAGCCAAAGGCUUAUUCACACCCCACUCUGCCAAAUGUAAAAAUCUGGGACCUGCCAGGAAUCGGGACCCCCGAUUUUCAGGCAGACAAUUACCUCAAGCAGGUAAAUUUCAACAGCUACGACUUCUUCAUCAUCAUCGCCUCACAGCGCUUCAUUUCCCACCACGCCUCCCUGGCCCGUGAGAUUCACAAGAUGGGCAAGAAGUUUUAUUAUGUGCGCUCCAAAGUGGAUAAUGACUUGAAGGCUGAAGAAAGGAAAAGGAAUUUCAACAAGGAGAGAACUCUGUAUAUGAUCAGGGAGAAUUGCAAAGAAAACCUGAAAGCGUUGGGUGAAGCCCCCCGAUGGGUUUUCCUGAUCUCCAGCUGGGAACUGGCUGACUAUGAUUUCCAGUUCCUGCAGGAGACACUGGAGAAUGAGCUGGAUGCUCAGAAGAGACACGUAUUCAUCCUGGCCAUGCCCAACAUCUCGGCAAAGAUUGUGGAAAAGAAAAAAGCUGAACUGCAGGAGCUUAUCUGGGAAGCAGCCCUGGUGUCGUGUGUUAUGGGUGCUCUUCCUAUUCCAGGCCUUUCUCUCGUCUGUGAUGUAGUCAUCUUGAUGUCUCGCAUGAAGCAUUUCUGCAAGUACUUAGGCUUGGAUGAGGAAUCUCUCAGCAAACUGGCCAGUCAGGUUGACAAACCCGUUGAAGAACUGAAAUCGGUCAUCCAAAAGUCUCCACUGGCCUCAACCGUAACAAAAGACUUUGUAAUGACUCUGCUUUCUAGAUCUACAGCUGGAGGCCUGAUGGCAGUUGAACUUCUUCUGGAUUUUGUACCAGUCCUUGGCUCCCUGGCAGGUGGAGCACUAUCUCUUGGGACCACACGCUACAUGCUGAAGAGCUUUCUGGAUGAUGCUGCGGAAGAUGCUAAGAAAGUUCUAACCAAGUUCCUUGAACUGAAAGCUGAAAAAGUUGCACAGCAGUAACAAAGCGACCUACACGUGUACAAAGAAAACCCUCCGUGCCCAGCCCAGCCCUCUCAACCUCUAGAAGUGGGUGAGAACAACAAAACCAACAGACACAAAACUGCACCUGAAUCCAACAAACAGCAGAGACAACGACCGAGUCAGAUCACACAGGAUACUGGUGAAUCAAAAGCUUGUCCCUUCCCUUGCAAUAUCUCCAGGGGCUCACAGCUGAGAGUGAUAGGAAGGGGAAGAGCAAGAAGCAACCUGGUGUGAGCCCUGGGGGGAGGCAUCACUUCCCUGCCCUCCUGAACUCCCACACCCCUGACCUGAGUGCCCCACAGCCCCUUCCUCCAGCACGGACUCCUGAAACCCCACAGCCGUAUGCCUGCCCUGAGCCCCCCACAAUCCCAGGCCCCAGCCCAGACUCCAGCACCCCUUCACCUCCGCCCCUCCUCACCCUCCAACCCUGACUCCUGCGCACCCCACAUUCCCACCGCCUACUGUGAGCCGCCCCCACACUCCAACCCCCUGCCCUGAGAACCUCCUCACCCCAACCCUGAAUUCUGCACCCCCAUCCACUAACCACAUACCUUGAGAGCCUCCCCACCCCAGACCUGACUCCUGUAACCCCCACUCCUCCUGGCCCUGGCUCUGAGCCCAACCCUGAUUCUUGCAUCCCCUGGAUCCUGCAGCCCCCUGUCCUGAACCCCUCCUCCCCCCAGUCCUGACUCCUGCACAUCCCUGACCCCCAGACCCAGGCCCUGACACCAGAACCCCACUGUAGAGAGACUCCUAUGCAACUUUCAACCCUGACUCCAGCACCUCCCAGCCCUCUGCCCUGAGCCCCUGCCGUCUCCUAGCCCUGUCUCCUGCACCCCAGGCCUUCAUUACCUGAGCCCCUCUUCACCCCCAUCCUAACACCUGAACCCUCCACAACCUCUGCCCUGAGCCCCUCCUCACCCCUAUCCCUGUUGCAUCCCCACACCCCCAGCCUCUGGCCUUGAGCACCCCCUAACCCCAUCUGUGAUUCCUGUAUACACACACACACACACACACACACACACUGAGCAGCCCCUGGCCAUGAGCUCCUCUUUGCCCACCAACCCUGACUCCUUCACCCCACCCCCACACAACACUCUGUCCUGAGCCCAUCCUCACUCCCCCAACCCUGACUUCUGCAGGGCUCCCAUCACUGAGGGGGGUGUGGUGGGAUAUGACCCCUGCUGCCAUCCCACACCAGCCCACCCCCAGUAACCCUUAAAGAACUGCUCCAGAGGAUGCAGUCUCAAUGAGGGCAGAGAGCAGAGCAUUGUGGGAAGGGGCAGAGCUUGGGGACAUCCUCCUGGGAUGCUGGGAGUCCUAGGUUGUAUUGCAAAAGUGCUCAGGCUGUAGUUGGUCUCCAGGCCAUGACUUUGCGCCCCAUGGUGAGGUUGCUGUUUACAGUGGUGCAGAGGGGGGAUCCAUCACGGUAGGGUGUCCACCUUUGUGAGUGUCCCCAGCGAGACUGGGAACCAAGGGCUAACCUGCUUGUUUGCAUUUAAGUAUCUUUUCCUGUAGGUUUUUGUUUCCUUCUGGCUAUUAUAAUAGGCUACAUAUGAAAGUAGUUUUGCAGUUAGGCUGUAACGCAAGGGACCUGCAGGCCACGUCCUGUAUGUCAAGCUAAGGCAAAGUUAGCCAACCUACGUGUGGGACACUUUCUCUCUGGGUGAAAGUCAGGCUACAUCUAGACUGCAGCCUUCUUGUGCAAGGAGUUUUUUUCAGAAGAGAUCUUCCACACAAACUUCUUGUGCAAGAGAGUGUCCACAUGGCAAAAAUGCAUCGGAAAAGCAAUGUGCUUUUGCACAACAGAGCAUCCAGACUCUCGCAAGUAAGCAGUGAUGGCUUUGGACAGAAUAGCCAUGAGACUACCUGUGCCUUUUCCUCUUCCCUCUUCAUGCACAAAAACUUCUCUUUCCAUCCACACACGCGUCUUUGUGCAAGAGUUCUUGAUUAGAAAGGCAUUCUUCCUCGUAGAAUGAGUAUUAACAAUUGCACAAACCCCCCUCUGGAUUCUUUCACUUACUCAACCAAAAACAUGCUUGAGGUGUGGACUCUGCAAGGUUUUGUGGAAAAGCUCUGUAGUAUAGACAUAGUCUGGGUGUGCACAUUCAGGAUCUUACAGCACAAUAGAGCGACUUUCAGUGGCAUAGGGGCAUCCAAGAAUACUCUCUCACUCAGCUGGAACACCACCUCUUGGAGAAACCCGCAAUCACCAGGUAGAAUAGAGCCAGUAACUGCGCCAGGCAGAAAGAACUGAUGUGGUAUGUAAGCACGGAAGGGGCUAUGGUAACACAUGGACAUACAGGAGAAGAAAUGGGGGUCAAUGGUAGACUGACCGAUAAGAAGCGACAGGAAUAUGGAGUAAGGGAAACAUCGGCUCCUGAAUAUGCAUCGAGCAGAACAACGUCAGUGCACCGGAUGAUCAAAGUGGCACCCCAACCUAAAGGCGGUAGGAAGAGAAGUGGUCCGGGGCAGUGCCAGAAUGAUGGCCCCUGAUGGUGAGGGGAGGGUGAUAGAGGCAAAUGAGGGUUAACACCUCAACUUGCUCUAGAAGGAAUGGGGUGGGUAUAAGGCUCUGUAGAUGUACAGUCCCUCUCUAUCUUGUGGUGUUCAAGUGUUUGUGACUGGGCCCCAUGUAUUAAUAAAUUCUAUUUGCAAAUA